UCAUAUACCAACAUUCGUUAUUAUUUGAAAUUUGAUAAGAUUAGUUGUAAGGAAUAAUGGUAUCAAUAGUUGAUAACGAACAUUGGAGAGCUUUCAUUAGUAAAUACAAAAGUUUACCUGAAUUAUGGAAAACAAACGAUGAUAGCUACAAACAUAAGAACACACGACAGGCAGGUUGGGAAACAUUGUUGGAAUACUUCCAUCGAAUUGAUCCCAACGCUAAUGUGGAUACCCUAAAGAGACGCAUUAACAAUAUGCGAACAUGUUAUCGACGAGAAUUGAAGAAAAUCGAAAAGAGUGAACAAAUGGGUAAAGUACAUUUAUACGAACCAACUUUAUGGUAUUUUGAAGCAUUUGAAUUCUUACGUGAUCAGGAAACAACAGAUUUGCCACAAAUAUCUUUUUUUGAUACUGAUAAUGAUAUUAAAGAAGAACCUGAGCAAUUUACGCCUGCAGUAACGAAAAGGAAAAGAAAUCAAGAAGACAGUGAGGAUCCGAUUUUUCAACAACCAGUACAACAUCUGGAUGAAAUGAGAGGUUAUCAAAUCAAGGAUAAUUCCGGGCUGAGGGAGAAUUCUCCAUGGGCAGAGAUUGUCACAACAAGAGACGAAGCAGCAAUAUAUGCUGAUGCCUGGGCUGUUUCAUAUCGGAAAAUGAAUGUAGAACAACGGCUAUACGCAAAGAAAGCUAUAGAAGAAAUAUUAAUAUUGGGACAAUUGGGUCAAUUAACCUUAAACAGUGUGUUAAUUAAUUCUCAAUAAUAUAGAAAUGGUCAUAAUGACUUUGGUCAUUCUCAAUUUUUUAUAAAAAUAAAAAAUCUCCAAGAAUUUCGAUGCCUCAUCAAAAUCAAUCUGAAUAACUUAACACAAUCCAUUGACAUAUUUUGGCAUCCAAAUCCGAUAUUCAGAGUUCAGAAAUCCUCAUUUUGGAUAGAUCUGAACCAAGGAACUCUACCGGUCCCGUUCUGCCAGUUGUGUUGAUUAGUUCUGAAAAUUAUCAUAAAGCUUUCGAAUGGAUUGUUCAGUCUGCUUCGAAGAUUUAAUAAUUCAAAGAAAUUCUUAAUAAAGUUAAAUUUUGAGUCUAAAGAUUGAAAAUAAAAAUUUUACAAUCAAAUUUUGUAUAUUUACACAAGUAAAUAGUACGAUGAAAUAGAGUUUUAUCAAAAUUUUUUUAAAUGUUG